AUGUAUCGCAGUAAACGCUCCACCAAACAAUCGUCCAAACUCAAGAUCCUGCCCGAAGAGCCCGAGGACAGCUCGACGGGCGGUCCCAGCGGCGGCGCCACCCCGCUCAAUGCCUCGUCGCCCGUCAUCGGUGGUGCCUCGACGCUCUCCGCCAGCCUGGGUGGUGCCAACGCCGUUGGAUACCGUCGCAAUCCGUCGUACUCUGAGCCACCGGCGCCGUCCGCCUCGCUUGCGGCUGCCAAUGCCAACUCGCCGCACCACUCGGUGGAUGACGACGACAGCUCCUCGGACGACGCCGCCGAGGGCGAGGACGAAGAGGCGGUCGAGGUGUACAAGCAGCUGGCCCAGAUUCCGGAGGGAUCGAUGCGUCGCGAUGCACGACGCCUCACCAAGCGAUCGCGCGCAAAGCUCCCGCGCGUCACCGCGUACUCGACCGCAACAUCGUACCGCAUGCGCGAACUCACCAAAUGGCUCAACGCCAGACGCUCCUCGCACCACACCAACGUCAUGACGUUCGACGAGUGCCUCUACACCACCUACACCUACAAGCACGUCGAUGAGGCGCGUGGGCUCGUGCCUGCGCCCGCAAGUGCGAAUGGGUCCGGAAAGCAUCACUCGAGCCGUGCCAAGGAUGCGCCCGCCAAGACGGCGGAUUUGCUGGGCAUUCCCGAGUUGCACCCAGACGCACAGCAGCACGAUGGCAGUGCUGGUGCUGGCGAGCGCGAGGGCGAGGGUGCGGACGAGACAGCAGCCGCUGCAGCCAAGCGCAAACGCAGCCGCUUCGCCGUAGACGAUGUGGUGCCGGAGCUGUUCAUCAUGGACUACGGCACCAUCGUCAUCUGGGGCAUGAGUCUGGUGGAAGAGAAGCGCUUCCUGCGCGAGCUGCGUCGCUUCGAAGUGGAGCGUCUAGCAUCCGAGGACGUGGAGAGCGAGGAUCUGCACUGGUAUCUUGCCGACUACUCGCGCAUCUACAACGACGUGAUUACGCUGCGUCGGGGUUCGUCGUACAUGACCAAGCUGAGUCUAUCGCAUGCGUUGGCGCAGUCGACCAAGAUCUCGUUCUUCGAGGGCAUCAUCGACAAUACGAUCGAAAGCACCAAGGACAUCCCGCAGAGCAUCGCCGAGAGCGGCAAGAUCGGAAUGCCCCCCGCAGAGAUCAUGAAGCAGAUCGGCCAUCUGUUCAUCCUGCGCAUGAACAUCCAUCUCGUCGGAAGUAUUGUGGAUAGCCCAGAGAUCUUUUGGAGACAGCCCGAUUUGGAACCGCUCUAUUCGGCCGCCAGGAGCUAUCUGGAGAUCCCACAGCGUAUUGAUCUGCUCAAUACGCGCGUAGAGGUGCUCCAGGAUAUGCUGCAGCUCUUGAAGGACCAGGUCACCUCCAGCCAUUCCGAGUAUCUGGAGAUCGUCGUCAUCCUCCUCAUCAUGCUCGAGAUCGUGUUGGGCGUGGCGACCAUGCUGGUUGAUCUGUACUUUGGAUAG